AUGGCAUUGUUCAGUCUUGGGCGAGGCGCAAGUGUUCAAGCCGGCGUAACUAUCUGCUGUCUCGUCGCAUUUGUACUCUUUGGCUAUGAUCAAGGAGUUUUCGGUGGCAUUCUGCAGAACGAAGAUUGGCAGAACCAGUUCGACCACCCGAACGACGCCAAGACUGGAAUCAUAGUAUCCUGCUAUAACUUGGGCUGCCUGGCAGGCUGUGUGAUCAACUUCUUCGUCGGAGACAAGCUUGGCCGCCGCAGGACCAUCUGGCUUGCCAUGGUCUUAGUCUUGGUCGGGGCGACACUUCAAACCACUGCGUACAAUGUUCCUCAUCUCGUCAUCGGACGAGUCGUUACUGGCUUGGGAACAGGAAUCAAGACUUCAACGGUGCCCAUGUAUCAAUCCGAGCUUUGCGAAGCUGAAUCCCGCGGUCGUCUUGUGUCGAGCGAAGUCCUCUUCGUCGGGGUCGGCAUUACAAUCGCAUACUGGUUCGAUUUCGGCAUGUCCUACGUUGGAGGUGCCAUCGCCUGGCGUCUCCCCAUUGCCUUCCAAAUGGUCUUCGCCAUCGGCGUUGUAGUUCUGGUGUUUGCACUCCCAGAGUCUCCGCGAUGGCUGUUCGUAAAGGGCCGUGAUCAAGAAGCCAUCAACGUCCUGUGCCAGGUCCACGACAAAGAUCCGUCAGACCCAUAUAUCGUCUCGGAAUCUACUUCCAUUCAGAAAGCCAUCGAGCUCGAACUCGCAGCGAAUAAAAACGAUUCUUUCUUGAGCAUCUUCAGGAACGAUGCCAUCAGGACCAGAUACCGUAUCCUGCUUGCCUGGGGUGUCCAAUUCAUGAACCAAGCUGGAGGAAUCAAUCUCGUUGUCUAUUACAUUCCUUCGGUUUUGGUUCAGAACGUCGGGCUCUCACCGCGCAUGUUACAGGUUCUCGGUGGUUGCAUCAAUAUGAUGUUUAUGUUUGGCUCGAUUCUGCCCUCCUUUGCCCUAGAUCGAAUGGGUCGCCGGAAGACAAUGAUUUGGGGCUGCACAGGCUUGAGUAUAUGCAUGCUCAUGGUGGCUGUACUCCUGUCUAGGGUCGGCUACUCCAACGGCCAUACCUGUGCGUCAGCGGCUGUUGCUUUCUUUUUCCUUUACAUGUUGAUCUUCGGCAUGAGCGUCAACUGCGUUCCUUGGGUUUAUGUUCCCGAGAUCCUCCCCCUUGAAUCCCGCACUAGAGGAACAGCGAUAGGAAUCAGCUCCAACUGGCUGUGGAAUUUCACUGUCGUCAUGAUCACGCCAGUUAUCAUCAAUCGCCUGCAGUGGAAAGCGUAUCUCAUUUUCAUGGUUACGAACUUACUCUUCGUGCCCGCAUUCUACUUCUUCUACCCAGAGACGAGCAACUUCAAGCUGGAGAACGUCGAUCUUAUCUUCUCUCAAGGCGGAAACCCUGUAUCUGUUGCGCGGCAGAUGACCAAGGACAUGAGGAGGAAUAACAUCAGCGUCAACAGCAACGGGACAAUCUCAGUUGAUACAGAGAAAUCGCAGACCAUGAUUGUGGAAAGCGCUUAG